GGAUCACAUACAUCUAAUUCAUCCGGGCUUUCUCGACAAAAGCAUGAUGAUGUCAGCGUGUCUUCUGAUGUGCACAAUGAAGAGGAAGAUGGCUACACUGUCAAUGGAGGAUCUGGUGAAAAUGCUUUUGGUCGGAAGUCGUUGGGGCAAGAGCUGAGGGUUAACAAUGUAAGCCCUGAUUUCACUGUCCAGCAUGGAAACCGUGCUUUAGCCACAAAAGAUAUGAGGAAAUCCCAGGAACGAUCGCUGUCCUAUACUGAAGAGUCUCGGCUGUCGAAUCUUCUUCGGAGGAUCACCCGGGAAGACGACAGAGACCGAAGACUGGCUACUGUUAAGCAGCUGAAAGAUUUUAUUCAGCACCAGAAAACAAAAUGGUGCUGGUUAAACAACUUGACAAUAUCUUGACUGCUAUCAAUGAUGUGUUAAAUGAAAGUAGCAAACUGCUUCAAGAACUGCGGCAGGAGGGGGCACAGUGCCUUGGAUUGCUCUGUGCUGGUCUGAGCUAUGAGGCAGAGAAGAUCUUU